UGAAAACGGGGAGUCGGGACCGAUUGUCAGCGAGAAAAACAACAGAUCAAACUGACUUAAUUUUAAAGGUUCAUGGGAAGCCGUCAGGCGGCCGUUGCCAUCUUCGUCUUCUCUCUAGCAUUUCUCCCAUCUCUAAUUCGCUUCAGUUGAUGAACAAUGAAUGUUCAGUAACGGCGAAGACAAAGGAUAAAGGAGCAUGGUGAAUUCGAAGGAGCUUUUCCCCUAGACCGUCCUAGAUAUUUUCUGCUUCGGCAAUCGUUGUCCUGCAUGUCUGUUCCAGAAUCCCUCCGCUCGGCUUCUUAGGUUUAAAGUGGGAGACAGUAGAAGAGAGCGGAGGAAGGGGAUAAUAUCCAAUUAUUGUCCACCAUGAUCAGCUAAGAAUGAAUUGAGGAAUCAAUACAAUGAAUGCAACAUUGAUAAACACUUGCCCUACUUUUUUUCAGCCACGAGCCCUUCUUUACCUUUUCCCUUUUCUCCAAACCUCUGCCUCCGGCAGCAUCAACUGAGCCGGCGUUGCAGCUAUUAUUUCCGGUGGAGGGCUGAACUUUGUUAGCGGAGAGGAGGAAGCUAGGGAUGGAAGGGGUGCAGCAGCAUAAUGAUAAGAAAUCGGCAGUGACGGAUGUAGGUGCGUGGGCCAUGAACGUCAUUAGUUCCGUCGGCAUCAUCAUGGUUAACAAGCAGCUUAUGUCCCGUGCAGGUUUCGCGUUCACGUUUGCGACUACUUUAACUGGCUUGCACUUUACUGUGACUGCAUUUGUUGGUUUCAUUUCCAAUGCCUCCGGAUAUUCUGCAUCAAAGCAUGUUCCUUUAUGGGAACUUCUCUGGUUUUCCAUUGUUGCCAACACAUCUAUUACAGGGAUGAACCUGAGCCUUAUGCUCAACUCUGUUGGCUUUUACCAGAUAUCAAAGCUUAGUAUGAUUCCUGUUGUCUGUGUGAUGGAAUGGAUUCUUCAUAACAAGCACUAUUCCAAAGAGGUGAAGAUGGCUGUUGUUGUGGUUGUUUUGGGUGUUGGAGUUUGUACAGUAACAGAUGUCAAAGUUAAUGGUAGAGGUUUCCUUUGUGCUUGCAUAGCAGUGCUUUCAACAUCCUUGCAGCAAAUUUCGAUUGGCUCUUUACAGAAAAAAUAUUCUAUUGGAUCAUUUGAACUUCUGAGCAAAACAGCUCCAAUACAAGCUCUUUCUCUUGUAAUUCUUGGUCCGUUCAUUGAUUAUUAUCUUAAUGGUAAAUUCAUUCUCAACUACAAGUUGUCUUCAGUCUCUCUUUUCUUCAUUCUUCUCUCAUGUACUCUUGCUGUCUUCUGUAACAUUAGUCAAUACCUCUGCAUAGGCCGUUUCUCGGCUGUAUCAUUCCAGGUUUUGGGCCAUAUGAAAACAGUUUGUGUGCUUACUCUUGGGUGGUUACUAUUUGAUUCACAACUGAGCCUUAAAAACAUAUUGGGGAUGGUUCUUGCGAUCAUUGGCAUGAUCGUCUAUAGCUGGGCAGUUGAGUUAGAGAAGAAGGCACAAGCUAGGAUUUCAUUGUCCAAAACAAGCCUAACUGAGGAGGAGAUCCGUCUUUUGAGAGAGGGAAUUGAAAAUUCAUCUACAAAGGAUGUCGAGCUUGGAGAUCCUAAGGCCUAGUGACAAAAUGAGAUACUUUUAUAACACUAAAAUCACUUAUUUUUCCCUGAGAUAAGAGGCUUCGUCCAAAAGAUUUGUUCAAUAUAUUUCUUCCACUAUGAUAAAAUUCUUUGGCAGAUGAACUUAUAUUAUUUUUGUAUUGGCAGAUGUAACUUAUGCCAUUUGUCUUUUGCGUAUGUAAAUUUUGAGGUUGUUGAAAAACUUUCAUUUGUAUUUUUAAUCGUCCGGUGAUUGUUCAAAGGCUUUUCAUUUUGUGUUGAGAAAUC